AAUGUGCGCGCAAACAUUUACAAAUGUUUAUUUAAUAUUUUGUGUAAUGAUAAUGGUUAUGAUUAGAAAUAGUAACGGUGUUCAUUAUCCAAGAGGAAAUUAUACCCAAAUGUCUAUGGAAAUGGGCUAUGAGCUAGUGGAGUACGAUGUAACAACAGAAGAUGGAUAUAUCCUGAAGCUCUUUUAUCAUAAAGGAAGAGACAAAGAAAAGGGGGAUAUCCUGUUGAUGCAUGGUCUUUUAGAUUCUGCCGAUGGAUUUCUUCUUCGAGGGAAUACAUCUCACGUGGGCCUCCUAUUAGCAGCAGGCUACAGUGUCUGGUCUGGUAACGUAAGGGGUUGUCGUUAUGGAAGAAGACACGUUAUAUUAAAUCCGGACUCAGAUAAGAAGUUCUGGGACUAUUCAUUCCAUGAAAUGGGCUACUACGAUUUACCAGCUUUGAUUGAUUUUAUUUUAAGUAAAACUGGACAGCAAAGGAUCAAAGCUAUUGCUCAUUCGCAAGGUACUGAAAUCUUCUUUGUAUUAGGAUCGACGAGACCUGAGUACAACGCCAAGAUUUCUGUUCUGGCAGCACUGGCUCCUAUAGCAUUCGUUGGUCAUGUGAAACCUCCGGUAAAUUACAUCGCUACAUUCGUACCGAUAUUAUCUGAAAUAUUUCAGGCUGCUGGCAAUGAAGAACUUUUUGGAGAUCAAAAUAUUAUAACAUUACUUUUCCAAACGGCAUGUGCAAGCAAUAGAAGUUACGAUCUAUGCGCGCAUGGUUUAAUAUUUUCAAUCUUUGGUUCCGACCCUGACGAGUUCGAGUUUGAUUUCUACCUCACAGUGAUUGCACAUAAUCCUACGGGCACGUCAAGGAAGAAUUUCGUGCACUAUUAUCAAAAUUUUAUAUCGAAAAGCUUUUCACAAUUUGAUUAUGGUCCAAAUAAUGUUGAUAUAUAUAGAUCUGUUUUGCCUCCUAAAUAUGAUCUAAGGAAGGUGGAAAUGAGAGUAGUUCUGUUUGCAGGAAAUAAUGAUGUACUCUCUACGAUUCCCGACGUGAAAUUAUUAUACAAAUGUUUGCCAAAUGCUGAGUAUUUCCCUGUUUCGUAUAAAAGACUUACCCACAUUGAUGUGAUAUGGGGCAGGAAUAUGUAUAGGUAUUUAUUUCCAAAUAUUUUACAUGUACUUGAAAAUAAUCUAUAA